AUGGCUGGAUUGCUAGCGUGGGCAGCAGACGUAGUAGGAGGUGGUGGCGGGCAAGGUAACGAAGAAGACGGUUCCAAUUCGAUCCCGCUUAUAUUCACUCCGGAGCAGCAAAAGUAUGCUCUAGACUUGGAUCACAAAGCAACUUCUCUCAGCCGUUCGAUCCAAGAUCUACGGCUCAGACUCCCUCCCUCUGACAUCUCCCAACGGCUCCCUGAUCUCCAUGCCCACUCCGUCGCUUCUAAUGCCGCUCUUGCUCUCCAAUUGAAUGCCCAUUCCACUACCCGCGAACAGGCUCAGUUGAGAGAGGUGACAUUGCAGGAAGAGAAUGUUGCAUAUGAAAGGGCUAUUUCAAAUUGUGAAACUAAAAUAAAGGAGAAAAUUCAAGAAGCAGAUUUACUUAUAAGGAAGUUAAUGGAAAUGGAGGAAACUGAGAGGGAUUUAAGAGUUAAGCUUGAAAAUGCACAAACUGCAUUGGAUGUGAGUCAUUCUGGCGAAUCACAUGACUCCAUUGGCGACUCAAAGAUGACAAUCGAAACUGAACUUGACAUUGAAGCCUCCAAGAAAGCUAUACUUGACAAGUUAGAGGAGAGGAAGAAAGAGUUGAGUUCAAUGGAAGAAGUAGUAAAACAUUUAGAGGGGAGAUGGGCAGAAAUUCAAGAUAAUGCACUCAGUCACCCUUCUCCAGUUCAAAGAGAGAAGAUUUUGGAUAAACAACUUCACAGUUUAAUUGAGCAGCUAGCAGCAAAACAGGCACAAGCAGAAGGCCUGGUGAAUGAAAUUCAUUUGAAAGAGACGGAGCUAGAAAGAGUGAAUGGGUUGUGGAGAAAGCUUGAAAGCAGCAACAUGGAGAUGAAUACUGCUAGAAACCGGUUUGGACGAAGCACAUCUUUUAAAGGAUCUGCUUCCUCUGAUUAUAUUCUUGAUGCUCAUCAUAGAUAUGCCGACGGCCGAACAGAGAGUCAGCAAAGGCUCAUGCUGCUCAGGUCGGGCUAUCAAUCAAGAUCUCAUAAUUCAUACAAUGAUUUCGCAUAUACACUUUCUCCACAGCCGUCAGAACAGGUGGUGCACUUGAGAAGAUUCAUAUACACCGAAACUGGACUGGAAUGA